CAAUCGCUUACUGGGCGGGGUUAAAAACGUCGUGACGCAACGCCUGAGUCGCUACUAUGUGGCUGAGGACUUCAGCCGUGGUUUUUGGCUUACUGGGGAACAGAGGAGUCCUCAGAAGCAUGUGUGCACAGGUGGGGGACUGGCAGAGUGCCAAGUCAAUCUAUGAGUUCUCCGCAAAGGACAUUGAUGGCAAUGAGGUGUCUCUGGAGAAAUACAGAGGCUUUGUCUGCAUCAUCACGAAUGUAGCUUCUAAAUGAGGCAAGACCAGAGUAAACUACACUCAGCUAGCGGGAAUGCACGUCUCCUAUGCUGACAAAGGUUUACGCAUCCUGGGCUUCCCCUGCAACCAGUUUGGAGGACAGGAGCCAGGCACUGAGGCAGAGAUUAAAGAGUUUGCCAAAGGUUUCAAUGCUGAGUUUGACCUCUUUAGCAAGAUUGAGGUGAAUGGAGACAAUGCUCACCCUCUCUGGAAGUGGAUGAAGGCACAGCCCAAGGGCAAGGGAACUCUGGGAAAUAACAUCAAAUGGAACUUCACAAAGUUUCUCAUAAAUAGAGAGGGGCAGGUAGUGAAGAGAUAUGGCCCAACAGAUGAUCCCAGUGUGGUGGAGAAGGACUUGCCAACAUACCUGUAAUACUACUGACUCAUGUGUUUGUCUGACCCCAAACCUCUCCUAUGGGCUGCUGGGUAUUGGUGGGUGUGCCUGGACCAGUGACGGUCUGCCUGUAAACCCACCAGUGGGGAGGGCAGACCUGAUAAUCCUCAACGUGCAACUAACUCCCAGAGCUUACCCACUCAAUACCCUGUAUGAACAGGGAGGGGACACCCACAAGACACACAUGCAUUCCAAGCAGAGACCCACAACAUCUUCGUCCAGCACUCAAAAAGACAUCUUUUUUCCCUAAUAUCGAAGCACUGCAAUUCUCAAUGUGUUCAGUGACAAACUCAAUGUGUAAACAAGGCAUUUUUAUUGUAUGCGCCAAGGCUGCCAUAGAGUUCUUGUUUGUGUCUCACACGUAAAGCUACUGAUAAUGUUUGCAUUGUUUACUGUAGGACCCAUCCUAUCACAAGAUUACGUUUUUGUUUUCAUUCGAUCAAAUCUGAAAAUAAACAUUGUCUCACAUGA